CCUAUCCGUCUGCAUAAAAAUCUCUCUGCUGGAACAACACUUGGCUACCAUCACAUCUUCUUCAAUGGCUUCUCCUCUUCACCUUCCCUCUGUGACCCCUAAUUUCAAGGGUACUUGUGGGUUUGGUUUGAGGGGUCAUAAAUCGAGGUCUGGUGUCAGCAUUCGUACGGGAUUAAGGGUUUCUGCUAGAGCUUUCAUGAUUGAAGAAGAUGAUGUUCUGCUUAUGUUUUUGAAGGACAGAGAGUUGAACGGAGAUUUUAUAGCAAAAGUGUCUGAUAAACUUUGGAUGAGGAAGACUAUAAAGAUUGAGGACAUUAAAGCUGACUUAACGAAUGAUGCUACUCAACUCGAUCAGCCAUUGGUUGACGAAAAUACGGGUGGCUUCCUGAAAUUGACAAGAACAAAUGAGUGGCUUUUGGGGGAAUCUGCUGCACCGAUAAACAAAAAGAUGCAAGCUAAGGAACUGCGUGAUGACAGCAAAAGAAGAACCAGACUAAACCUACUUCAAUAUGAAGCGGUGAAGAGGGAAUUGUUCAUGCUAACUGUAGCUAUUGGAAGUGCGUGUAGUGGAUAUUGUUUGGCAACUUUUUCGAUCCAGGCUGCUGUGAGCUAUGCAACUGGAGUUCUUUUCAGUUGCCUAUACCUUCAACUUUUGUAUCGAUAUGCGGACAACCUUUCAAGGGAAACAGUUCCACAAAUUUUCAGGCAAAGAAAGAUAAAAAGGAUCGGAAUAAGAAGCGAUGACUUGGAGGAUUUUUUUGAGAGGGUGGUGAAAGGUUGUAGCAUGGCUCUAUCAUCUCCACGGCUUGUAAUCCCAGCUGCCAUAUAUGGAUUAUGGGGCCUGUCUCAACAUUUUGCAAACGAUUUCUUCCAGCUUACACCAGCAAUGGUAGGGGUGUUUGCAUACAAAGCUGCUGCCUUGGUUCAAGUUUACCGAGACAAUGAAGAUCUUCAAUUAAUUUUUCCGGGGAGUGACGAGGACCUGAUGGACUAAAUUUCUCGUCGAUCCUUUGCCAUUUUUUUCACUCUCAAGUUGGAUGCCUCCCAGCAGUGCACAUCUUUUAGGUCGAGUGAGAGGCUCGUUGCGGCUUUUGGGGGAGUUCUUUUGCUCCAACCGACCGACGGAUUACAUGUCAAUAAAUCUUUUGCAGUGAGGUUUUUAGUUGUAUAUUACUGGUAAUCUACAUGUUCUUGCAAUGCUCUUCGCAUGUUUAAACCUUAUUAUGGUAUGGCGAUACUCAUAAAGUUUUGAAGU